AUGGCCGACGGAAGCGCAAGACCCGUCAUCAUCGUUGGCGCCGGCAUCAGCGGCCUCCUCCUCGCGCAGUAUCUGACCCAAUCUGGGAUACCUUUUCGAAUUUUCGAGCGCCGGGAGGACCUUGCCACGACAAACGUUGGUUGGGGACUGACUCUUUCCUGGUCUCUUCCCACACUGAGAAAUUUGCUUCCGGCUCCGCUGCGAGAACGUUUACCUGAGGCAUAUGUAGACAGUGCCGCCGUAGAGCGGGGCGAAGCGUCCGCGUUCCCUUUCUUCGACCUCAGCACGGGAGAGCUUAAAGCUAAGACGCCCCUGGCACCAGAGUCUCAGAGAAUCCGGGUCAGCCGCGAGAGGUUCAGAAAAUUAUUGGCAACCGAUAUCACAAUCGAGUGGGGGGAAACAUUCACUUCCUACGAUACUGGCGAAGACUGUGUAUCUGUCCGCUUCGAGGAUGGAUCGCAAUGCGUGGGCUGUCUUUUAGUGGGCUGUGAUGGUGCUCAUUCCAGAGUUCGUCGCAUUCUGCUUCCUAAAGCGCAGAACAACCACAUCCCUAUCCGCGUAAUGGGCACAAAAGUGCACUUGACUCCGAGCGAGAUCGAGCCCUUGCGAAAUCUCGACUCUUUCUUUCUGCAAGCUACGUCGUCUCGAAAUAAUACCUUCACAUACUUCAGCGUGCUGGAUGCACCUGGCGAUGAGGGUGGACAAACCUACACUGCCCAGUUUGUCGUUUCCUGGCCAUACCGCAAAGAGCUCCCUGUUCACGACAGCCUGGUCGCUAUGCCUACUUCAGAUACUGCAAGGCUAGAGUUGCUGAAGACGUUUGCUGAGACGUGGGCGGAGCCCAUUCGUUCUUUCGCACUCAACCUGCCAAACACAGUUGAAUUGAAGCCUCUGGAGCUUUCAGACUGGCCACCACCAAGAGGUAUUCAUGAUCGUGGCGAUGGUGCAAACCACAGCAUCCAAGAUGUCCAAGAGAUUGCCCGCAAAGUCGCACCAAUGCUGUCUGCACGGUCUUCUGAGAACGCCUUGCGGGCUGCGAUAGAUAGAUAUGAGAACGAAGUCACCGCUAGAUGUCGUCCAGCUGUGUUGGCUUCAAGGCAAGCUGCACUCGAUGCACAUGAGUAUGGCAGGAUCAAUGCGAGCAGUCCGCUGCUGAGUCCACGGGUUAUGAAGCUUGAGUUUAACGAAUGA